UUAACACAUCUUUAAAUAUCAUGCUUGCGCGUCUUCUAGCGGAGCGUCAGGAUGCUCCUCAACGCCACCGUCCCUCUGUCGGUGGACUUCGACACUCCGGAGGACUUCCUCAUCUUCAUCUUCCAUAUCAUGUUCGGCACAAGCGCCGUGCUCGUCGCCGGCUCGGUGGUCAUCGCGAUAUCCGCCACCCGGUCUCUGCGAGGCCAGAACCGGUUUAUAUUCAUGCUGAACACGAGCAUCAGUGACACUCUGACCGGCUUCUCGGUCUACUACCUCGGCCUCUUCGACGUCCAAGAGGGCUACCCCUCUAGGAAUGGGACAUACUACAUUUUACCCUCAUUUCUAGGUGUCAAUGUGUUAACCUUCCUCUUCGCUCAGUUUGACCGGUACUUCGCCGUGUGCCAUCCAUUCUUUUACAACCGCUGCAUAACAAGGUCUUUUGUCAUUGGGAUUUGCGCGUUUUGCUGGAUUUACACAUACUCUAUCCUCACGGUGCAGAACAUGGUGCCUAUUUCAAAGGCGGCUCAGAUAAACGCGUUUGGUGUGAUGACUCUACAGAUUAUAGUUCUAACUAAAGUGUUGAUGACAAUUAAAUUAUACAUCAUAGCCAGGCAUCACCUGGGGAGAGAGGCGCCCAGUGCUGAGAGGGACAACAAGACGGAGUCGCUGCGCAUCAUUGUGUUUGUGGUGAUUUGCUUCUUGGCUCUGUGGUGUCCAUCCUUUGUCAAUAUAAUUGUCAGACAGUUGACUAGGGAAGGUCUGAGGUUUCGGAAUGAAGCUACUAACCUGUUCGCCACCAUGGCACGUCUGAACGCACUGGUCACCCCGGCUGUGUACAUCUGGGGCAGCCCGGCGCUGCGGGGUGCCGUGUGGAGCACGGUGUGGCGGAGGCUCUGCUCCAGGCGGAGGGCAAGAAUUGGCUUUAACUUUGAUGGAGUGACCAACAAAUUAUAACAGCAUCGCUUGCUAACGAUGAGUGUCACGACCGCCGCCCUGAUCCCGGGGCCGCCGGGGAUCCGGGGCAGUCCAGGAUACUCGCCCGCGUCGAUAAACUUACCAGCAGCAUUCCCGCAGUGAAACCUUACCUGGAGGGGCGGAAAUGGCCGGUAAAUUGUUACGUUUUGUUGGUGUAAUAACAGACUCUAAUAACAGAAAACAAACAUAAACUGGUUUGGACGCUUCUGAUGGUUCAGUUUGACCGGUGUUUUGCCGUGAGUCAUUCUUUCUUUUAUGGUCGACGCGUAUAGCUGGGUGCAUGUUUACGGUCAGCUGCAAGCGAUCCAACAGGCUGGCUGGACUAAUUCCUUUAAGGGGAAACUAAUACUUUAUCUGGAUUGUGGAGUGUUUGAACUUGACAGAGCUCGUUUCAAUCGUUAAUAAAUUACACCGAAAUUCAGACUGAACGGCAGCAAUAAAGGGCUUUCCAACGGCAGAUGGCUCAGGUUUCGGGGCCCUGAUAUUGUGUAUGAUGGCUCGUGGCAUGGAUUUUGCUCCGAUACAAUUUCUGUUCGUGCGACUGAAGCAUUAUUAAACGAAUGGUUUGGUUGCGGUAUAAAUGUUGUACUUCCUUUGCUCAAAAAAACCGUUGCCUGUGCACAGACAGUAAUCCAGCCAGCAAAUCAGCCUGUUAAAUCAGCUCAACUCUGUAAAGGCUUUAUCAUUUUAGACAUGAUCUUUUCCUUUAAAUUUAAGGUUAUGACAACAUACAUUCUCAAAGCUAAAAUAAUUUUUAUUCUAGCGCAAUGGUACAGAAUUUGUUUUGACUUUCUUGAUUUUAAGGGCACUUCUAUAAGUUGAAAGUCUAUUGUUGAAAUAGCCAAUUUUGCUUAAAUCAAACUGGCUAUCUCAACAAAUGAUCAAACAAAUAAUGUCAUCCAGGUUUAAAUAUAAUCGUCUAAGCUUCACACACUGUACUUGCGGUUUUCCCAGGAAUAAAUAAUAAUAAGAAAAUCCAUAAUACUCAGCAUGCUACCUCACCUAUUGGAGCUUGGUUUUCAUAUUUUGUGGCAAAUAUGCAGCUGGAUUAUUCCUCUGUAGUCUUUCUAAAUGUCCACGCGAGUGUAUUGAAUUCAUUCAUCAGUCUAGUCUAAAGACUUUUACUAAGGCAGUUUCUGUGCUAUACGCACUUUGGAAGCCUGACUGAUAAUACAAAGGACAACAUCAGCAAUGUGGUUCACAAACUCCUUUAAAAAAGUGUGAAUGGGAUUCAGACAUAGAGGACUUAAUUCUGCUAUUAUUGUAACAACAUCUGAUUUUCUUAAUGUGCUAAAACAUAAAUAGCUGUAGGAGUGGAGUUGUUGUGGAGAGGCUGGAUAUAUAGGUAUUAUGCUGGAUCCACAAGAAACACAUAAUUGAAUAAUGUUUUCUCAUUAUAAAUUCUAAUUUAUUUCCUGUGCUUUCAUGUUCAUCUUUUAAAUGUUUUUUUUUUAACUUUAUUUUAAAUAUAUGAAUUAACUGAAUGUAUUUUAUACCUUAUUUUGUAAAGUACUUCAACUUACAUUGGUGUAUAAAAUGUGCAAACAAACAACAACAAAAAAAACAUGCAUAAGGUUGUCCUAUAAUCUUUGUGACAGACAAAUUCUGGCAUGCUAUUGUUGUGUGGUUGCAGGAUGACCCAGGCUGAAGGCCACAAGCUGAAACAUGUUGAUCUCACAAUAAAAGUUGUUAUUUAUACAUA